CGAUCCCUCCGAUUCUGGGUCCUCCAAAAGCCGUCAUCUCCUGAUCUCCAAUGAUGCUACCAGCGAGCGGUCCCAUGCUGAGCGAGACCAAGCUAUCCUGUGGAACCUCAUCUACAGAUGCGAUUUGGACUUGAAAACUGUGACCCGGCAGCUAGUGGAGCAGGAUUAUGCCGACAUCUUUUGCGCCAUCGCAGCCUUGGAGGUCAACAACAAUGUACACAAGGACUGGAUAUACGACGGCCCAGAACAGGAUAAACGACUCAACUUUUACAAGAUGGCCGUCAUCACCGCCGGGCCAGCCUUCAGAAACGCUUUGGAGGAAGCCGCAAAGAACAGGUCGUUCAAAUUGAUUCGGAAUAGUGCAUUUCUCCGUGAGCCGUUCCCGGUCAGUACCUCGAAACCUAAAGGCAAGGGUGUCGAAGACGUCGGAGACGAGGGUACGCGUCGUAAAGCCGUACGCAAGGCAUGGAGCACGCCUUAUGUCUCGGAUCGCCAUAAACUCCUUGUCGAAAUCAUUACGCGAAUGAAGACGGGAACGAAUACUAGCUUGGCCUCGAAGGCGGGCAAACUUGACGACAAUAAUACCGGCAAACUUGACGGCUCCAAUAAUACCGGCAAACUUGACGGCUCCAAUAAUACCAGCGAACUUGACGACUACAAUAAUACCGUCACCAUCGUGCAGAGCUCUGGUACUGGGAAGUCCAGGAUGGUCGACGAAGCAGCACGUCUUGUAUUCACCCUCCCCUUCAACCUGCGGGGCGAUCAAGCUUCUAUAGUCUUGGCUUAUCCUCCUCCCGAUCCCGAAAUCCGCGAGUAUAUGUAUUUCAUGCCGUAUCCAGAACACGUGACUCGUCUUCAUUAUCACGCGUUUCUCAUGUGUCUCUGCCGAUCAACCGCGGCGGAGGUUCAGUCGGUAUUUAAUGGUCCAAGCGUACCCCAAACGGAGUUUGCCAGCUUGUGGAGAGAGUAUCUCGCAAAAGACGGUGUACGUCGCGAAUUGUAUAGAACCGUUGUGCGAGAGGCUGGCCAGGCUGCCACGCAUGAGACUCACACCGAUCUUAAAGCCGCAGUGGGAUCAAUGCAGGAGAAGACACAUAAAGAAAUAGUUAACCUGCGGAAAAUCAUUGCUUCCAGAAUUAACAACCUUGGAGGAGUGGUCGACAUCUUGUUGUACUUCGAUGAGGCUCACGAGAUGACGAAAAUUCAUCCGGUCGGUAACGACGGAAAGACUCUUUACAGGAUCUUUCUUUCCGUUCUCAAUGAUUAUAGAGAUCACGCGCUUUUCACUGUCUUCCUUUCGACCCUCUCCCACAUCGCCGACUUCGCCCCUCUUCGAAGCCAGUUCGAGUCUGCCCGCGCCUCUAAGAGCGGAGCGCUUCAGGCACCGAUCACGGAAACCCCCUUCGACUGCGACCCAAAUAUUCUCGUGCUCCAAAACACUUACGAUCGGGAGGAGAGUUCGCAACUGCACUUCAUAGCUCGCUUUGGUCGACCUCUGUUCUGGACUACCUUCGCGCAGAUUCCGCAGCACCGAAAUAUACAGGCUUUUAUGCAGACUAUACGUUCCAAGCUCAUCGACGGUCCCGACUGUACUAUUUAUGCCUCAGACUGCAGCGACCUCGGACAGCUGGCCGUCGCGGACGUUCGUCUCUCCCUCCAAUAUGAGCCAAACCUCGAAAGGAGUCAAAGUCUGGACACCCAAGCAAAGCUAGUCGCAAGUCAUAUGCGCAUUGCGUAUUCGGUUCCCGCUCAUCGUGAAUAUAUCCGCUCGGGUUAUCCGAGCGAGCCUAUCUUGGCAGAGGCGGCAGCUCAGCAGCUUCAGCACUGGCGCGAAAAGGACCCAUCGAUUUUGCUUAAUAUCGUCAAAAAGUUUAUGGAGAACGGGCUUCUUGAUCGAGGAGAACGAGGAGAAGUCGUCGCUCGUAUGCUCAUCCUCGAGGCCUUUGACCACGCCGUUUUCAAGGCUGGCAAGUUGAAGGACCCACACGGAAAGUAUCCACUCUACAGCUUUGGCUGUCGUCUGAUAGACUGGAUAGUAUCGUUGUUCGUGGACGACGUGGCCCAAGACAUCUUAAACAGCAAACCGGCCAAUUGUGGGGAGAAGACGUUCGAGGAAGUAUUCAAGGACGCAUGGAUCCGAUUAACGCAUUGGGCCCAGGCUGGCGACGACCACGUAUUCAACACACAUUCCAUGUUCGCAGCUUUCAUUCGAUGCAUGGCGUUCGUCUGCAGGAGGGGAGAGAGCUUCAUCGACCUUAUCAUUCCUGUUCUCCUCUGGGACGAGAAGAUCAAAUCCUCCGUCAUGACCGCUAUUUUCAUCCAGGUCAAGCGCCGAACGAAAGCCGGCAGAUACACUUUCGACGCCGAGAAACAAUUCAAGUUCUUCCAUCCCGAACCUAACCUUGCCAAAGACGACCGCCCUUACGUCACGCUCGUCAUGGACCUCGGCGUGCAGAAUACCCUCCCGAAAUACGCUAAGCUUCCGCAUAACGUCGCUAUUCGUCCUUCCAGCGGUCAUUAUGCGUCGACUCAGAAGCAUCCGCGCUAUGAGAUCUAUGUCUCUGGGUGCUCUAACACGAACUACAAGCUCAUCACGGAAGAACAGCGGGUGAAGUACAGGGAAGUGCUCCGUUUGUCAGAGUUUCUACUCGAGCAUCCUCGCAAAGAAACGAUACCGCAGGUGAUGCAGCUGAAGCCGGUCUUCGCGCUUGGCCCGGAUAGCUACUCCUGGGCCGAUUCGUUCGUGCUCAAUGUCACGGAUCCUCAGGAUGAUGACGAAGAUAUAGAAGAGGGGCACAUCGUCGGUCAUCCUGACUCAGAGGAGGAGCUUCAGAGCUCUGAUUCGGAUGUGGACAUGGGCUCGGGUUGA